AUGAACGAAACCGGCGCAUUCCAUCCGAUCGCGUGCGAGUCCUGUCGCAACAAGAAGUCAAAGUGCGAUCGUGAACUCCCAGUCUGCUCGCAAUGUAUAUCUGCAGGAACCUCAUGUCGGUAUCCGCCGAUCAAUAAAAGAGGCAUCCCUUCGGGAUACAUAUCAUUCAUCGAACAGCGAUUACUCGAAACUGAGUUCGUCGUACUGGAGCUUCUUUCCACCAUCUACAGCUCCCAGGUACCGAUCGAAACGCAACGCCUUUCUGAUACAGAUCGUCGGGUGUUAGCAGAGAGUGUACAAAAGCAGGCUAAGUCGAGCAGGGUAGAGGAAUGGAAGCGUCAUCCUCUCAACACGGACGAGGAGCGUCUAUCUUGGUGGUCCAAAAGACAAGACAUUUUGACGAAGGGUGUCGAAGCAAACGCUAGCUAUAUCGCUCAAGUCAGCCCAGCAUCGACAGAGCCGUGGGUAACUGAGUCGAGUCCAGCAGUGCCACAGUAUGAGGAUCUACAACUAUCAGCCAUUGAGCGGUUGAACGUCCCCCCUGCACAGCAGCCUCAGCCAACGCGAUCUGCGUGGCAGGCAGUGCCAGAUAUAUCGGAAAACAUAGAACCAGUUUCGGUCACCCAAGGUCAGGUUCAGGACAUGGCGCUUGUUCCGCCGGUGAGGAAUUUCGCAAGCGAAGGGUACCACGAUGAUAGGUUGGAGCGUCCGGCACCUUCAGUACAGCACACCACGGCCCUCCACUCGCGGUCAUCAACCACGGAACAGUGGCGCAAGUAUUUCUGA